GCGGCCCCGGCCCCGCCCUCCUCGCUCCGGCCUUCUGCUUCCUCUCUGGUCCGUAGAGUCAGCACCUGCGCCUAACCGCGCACCAUGGCUGCGCUGUUGGCACUGCUGCUCACGGCGGGUAGGAUGGGUGCCCGGGUCCGGCUUCGUGCCACCCGGCUCCUGGGCGCCACCACCCGCUGUCCCCCGCCGCCCCUGGCCUUGGCCCUGUUAAGGCCUGGGCCAGACGCCCGGCUGCUGCGCACCGCUGGUGGGGACUGCCGUGUCCACCAGGACCCCAACAGAGCCACUGAGACAACAGGCAGCAACACAGGUAGCAUAGAAGGAAAGCAAAGCAAGUCACAGCAGCUGAAAAAGGUCUUUCAAGAAUACGGUAUAAUCGGCGUAUCUCUGCACAUUGGGAUCUCACUCAUCUCCGUGGGGCUGUUUUACAUGGUGGUCUCCAGUGGUGUAGACAUGUCUUCGAUCUUGCUCAAACUCGGAUUUCAAGAGUCACUGGUACCGUCCAGUGUGGCAACCAGCACCAGCACGUUUGUGGUGGCCUACGCAAUCCACAAGCUGUUUGCACCAGUGAGGAUCAGCAUCACGGUAGUCACUGUGCCCUUCCUUGUCAGAUAUUUUCGGAAAGUAGGACUUUUCAAACCUCCAGAUGCAAAACCUUGAUGGGCACCUUGGUCCUCAGCACUGAAACCCUGUUUCUUUUAAAUUACCUUAUUUGGAUUGGUUUUUAAUAUUGUAGGUUUUGGGGGGGGGGUGGUAGGAAAGGCCUGGUUGUUAUGUUCUCAUGGGUUAAUUUUACCUUUGCCAGCCAAAAACAGGUUUUUGAAUAAUUUUUUUUGCAUUUUAGUUUGUUAAUGCUACUCAUCAGAGGGCUCUGUACAUAUCUGUCAGCAAGACAUCAUAAGUGAGCUAGCAUCUCAACACCACAAACACCUAUAGAUCAUUCCCUCUAGAAAACCACUGGUAAGGGUGUAACUGCAAAAAACUCAGGGGGCUAACCUUUGCUCAAGUUCUUAAAAAGCAAUGAUUGAUUUAGCUGGUUUUAAAAAUUUCCCCUCCUCUUGAGUUACCAUUAACGGCCUGUAGUUUAACCUGCAAUGUUCUGCAAAACAGCUGCUUGUGCUGCACAGUUAAUAAAGCAGAACUUAACAAUGUGUGCUAAUUCCACAAUCUAAAUUAGCACCAGCCCCAUGACCCGCAUUACACUUUUGGGAAAAGAAAGCAUUUCUGCUGUUUCACUGGUCCCAAAACACUUUCAAAUCUGAACAUGGGGCCCAUCUCCAAUGGCUUUUCUGAAGUCAAGAUCAUUUCUCUGUUCAGGUAAAACAUGGGAACCUUGGCCUAGAGCAUCACUUGGCUUCCAGUGCCCAUAUUCACAGAGGAAUUUGGCACAUAUGAAAAGCUGAGACAAUCUUUGCUUAACUCUGUCUCAAACUUCAGAUAUUCCAGAAGUCACAAUGUUUACACUAAUUACUUUUUUAAGCUAAAAUUAUAUACCUGAAAGAUUUAUAACACUUCCUUUAAAAAACUAGUAGCACUUAGCCAGGUGUAGUGGUACACACCUAUAAUCCCAAUGACUCAGGAGUCUCAGGAGAAUUUCAAGUUCAAGGGCAGCCUGAGCAACUUAGGAAGACCCUCAGCAACCUAAUUAGUGAGACCUUGUCUCAAAAAUAAAAAGCUCUAAGGAUGUAAUAAAAGCACCCCCCAAGUUCAAACCCCAGUACCAAAAUAAAAAGAAAACUUGUAAGAAGGCAACCGUGAAGUAACACAAACCAGGGAGUGGAGGCAGCAGGUGUAAAUUAGUCCACCAAGCCAGUUUCAUCCAGCCAAGGGCAAGAGUCAGGAAGCUAAGACCAGAAUUAGAAAUAACUGAGGCUUCCCCCUCUGUGGGAUUCAGCAUCAAUUUCUUUCCUGGGGGCUGUGCUCUGAUACAGGGUCUUGCUCCACACUCUGGGAACCCGGUUUUAACAGUUACUCUGCUGCAUGUUUGAAGGUUGCAUUUAUCUUUCUGACUCACCAUUCCUUUUUUUUAAGACUAAAGGAACUAUUAAGUGACUACAUUGGUUUUACUGAGUCUGGCUGUUGACACUUUCCUAGUUAACCCAUAGUUGCCCAGGCCAAUCAGUAUCUGUUAAUAUUUAAAAGAAUUUCUAUGGGACAGACAUCCAUUUGCAAUAUCACUUUAUAGUGGAACUAUAUAUUUUUCCCACUUUAAAAUUGUUAGUCCACUUCCAAAAGCACUGGUUUAAAAGUGGAACCUAAUUCCAAAGGAUAUCUCCACAACUGAGCAAGAUGCCCAACACCAGUGCUAAUUUCUCUUAUGGUCUAGACAGCCAUUAAUCUGUGAUCUGUCAGCCUUGGGCUCCUAACCCCCAUAUGCACCAGUCUCCCAGAUACCUAGCAAUGCCUAUGCAAAAAGCUGACCUUGCAGCUUGAGGUGAUGCACUAUCAUCCCUGCUACUUGAGAGAGUGAGGCAGAAAAUCGAAAGCUCAAGGCAAGCCUUGGCAACUUAGUGAGACCCUGUCUCACAAUUUAAAAAAGGCCUGGGUGUGCAGCUCAAAUAGAGCACUCCUGGGUUCAAUCCCCAGUACUGCCAAAAAAAAAAAAAAAAAAAAAAACACUAGUCAAAAGCCUUACAGGACUAAGGGUUUAAAUCUGCCAGUAAUGGAAAUGGAAAAAACAAGCAAUAAUACAAAUCAUAACAAAUAGCCAUAUCACUUCCUCACCCCCAAUCCCAUUCUACUCCUGUGGCCAAGACAAAAAAAAAAGAGAGAGAACAAGGUCAAAGGAUCAGGGAAACCAAGAAAUCACCAGCAAGAUGUACUGACUGCUUGUAUUUACAUUGUUUUUAAUGGAACAAAAGGAAUGAAACUGAUCUAUUUUAAAAAUGCAAGCUGUUUGCCUGAUUUUUUAAUCUGACAUAGUGAAAAGCUUCAAUUCUGUGAAAUAAAGUUUCUGAAGAUUUUGUUUUCUGGUAAA